UAAGUAAGAUUUCAUUUCAGCUUUCGGGGAUUCUUCAAAUCCAGAUCUUUUCGCUGGUCUUUGCUUACCGUUCCUGUCGACCCAAAGUACUUGGAAAUGCCAUCCCCUCAACUCUCGAGUAGUUCAGCAAGCGAUAGUGAAAUCUCCACAUGGAGUGGCUCGUCGAUCGGAGACAGUAGUACGACAUGGAGUUCCUCCGGCUCGUCGCCCACAAAGAGUAGCAACGAUUCCGAGCUCAUUGCGGAGAACGCUAGCAAGACUGCUUUGGGAAACAUCCGCUACGAAGUCGAAAAAUCUCCUGAUCUUCUGAUAGUUGAGGUCCAGGUCGUAUCCACGGGAAGUACGGCAAAUGUUGAUGAGGAGGCCGGUGCGGUGCGGAGCUCGAGACUCCGACGUCUUGCACUCCGGGAAUUCAGCAAUAGUGGAAUUGCGCAAUACACCAAAACUGCAAUACAUAGGUUCGCCAAGCAAGCAAACCUUAAAAAAUCGCAGCAAGUGGCACUACACUUACAUUCACUCAAAGAUGAAGUUUCGAAUCUAGAUGGGACAAAGAUGUUUUCGACCCCUGAUACCGUGGUCGAGGGUAACAUCUUCAACGCUCUUGUCAUGUCUGUUAAAAACGGUAGGGAAGCGCAAGACAUCGUCAAGAAUCUUUUCAAUGAGACAAAGAGAACUCUGUCGGUGAAGAAGACGUUCAACAAGAAGGAAAAUAAGCCUGAUGAAUCCUUGACUUGUCUGAUGACGCAUGCAAAGCUUAUCACUCGAAUUCGCUCCCCGGAAGCCUACUCCAAAUACAUUAGAAUGCUUUCCUUCCAUAUGCUACACGCAUCGGAGAAUGCAUAUGUAGCGGGAGAUAGCAUCAUUACGCUGCCUAAUAUAUCUGAUGAGCGACGCAAAGGCCGAUUUGAGGUGGGAGUGCGUGCGAAGAUAGAUUUUUCGGGCCAGUUCGUUCUUACCUUGUACUUUGAUCUCAUAUAUGUCUUCGCGGAGGAGCGAAAUGCUCGGACGCUGAUAGACUCUCAAUUUCUCACAAAUCCAAGCUCGGUGAAGGAAUUUCUCCGAGGCCUCUAUGUGCGAUAUGAUUCAAAGCAAGGCUCUGCGCAAUCAACCGACGAGAAAAACUAUACUUACAUCCGCGAUGUCAAGUCAAGCACGGAGAUUGGAUCGCUUCCAAUCGGCGAGGAGGAAAAACUCGUCACAAUUCGGCAGUAUUAUCGGAAUAACGAUAUCAAGAUCAUCGACGACGGAGGGCCAAUCUUGUUCGCAGACGUAGGGCGCAACAAACCAUUCUGGGUAGCGCUCGAUCUCAUUUGGAUCCAGCCCAAUCAAGCUGUCCCGAGAAGCGGCCAUCUCACUCCAGCACUCCAACGGUUCCGAGAAAGCUUCGACGCGAAACCCAUCAUAUCUCAACAUGGCGAUGUACUGUUGAACGAUCUUAAGCCUCUCGACUUUACCAUGAAGAGACCUCCCACUGCGCAAGGUGAUGAACGAAUCGUUUUGUAUACACCAAUUAGUUCUGUUCAAGAAGUCCCUGCACAAAGCAAGGUGGUGCCAAAGAAAGAAUACAACGCCCAAACUUCAUCGAAGAAGAGCACCAUUGGGGUCAUCUAUGUCGGCCAGGAUUGUGAAACCCCCGGGACUCAUGAGUCGAUGAAAAGAAUUCAGUCUGCACUAAAGAACCAGAAUAUUGUGCCUUCUACUGAUGUGAAGAUAGUUCCCGCUGCCUCUGUUCAAGAAAUUAUGCGACAGCAGAAACACGAUAACUCCAUCUUGAUGGAGCCUCUGGAGACUUGCGAUGUGUUGAUUGGAAUUAUUUCUCAAGAAGAUGUUCACGAUAAUAAAUACAAGAAGAUUGCAGCCGAGAUUCACCGCUUGGGUGAACGAAAGAUUGGUGCUAUCACAGUGUGCACGAAAAGAGAUACUGUAUGGGAUUUCUUCUGGCCAUCGACGCGGGACGUUUUCCCAACAAGCAUACUUCGCAAAAUCAAAUUCAUGCGCGGAGAGAACAUCCUGAGUAAUUUUCCUGUUCAAAAUAUUAACAAGGACGCCUUUUCCCAAGGUCUGAUCGUUAUUGGUGCUUACAUUACCCAUUCGGCGUCUCCAGCGACUGAGAACUCCCCGUCUGUAUCAGCUCUGGUCGUCAGUCGAUACAACGAAUGCCCGACUCACUUUACAGGCUCAUCGCGUGUCGAGCUUCCAAAAUAUAUGGUUGAAGAGACUCGGGGUUGGUCUGUAGAGGAUUCUGAAGGGCCUGACUCUGCUAAGAGCCCCGAAAUCACUGAGUUGCGAAGCCGAUUGAAAGGUCAUUUUGCGGCUUGGAAAGCCCAGAACUGCACCGAACAGCGCGCACUACUCCCUCGCGUUGUAUUCUAUCGUUCUGUCAACCCUCACGAAGAUUCUACCGAAACCUCAUCAAGGUCGAAUCGCGAGGUCCACGAUAUUAUCAGUGCCUAUCAAGAUGCUUUCGUCACCAACGAAAACAUCCAACUAACUUAUGUUACAGCCAGCAAGAACAUGCACCUUGAAGACGCGAGUAUAUUCACUCUCGGACAUGCCGAUAACGACACAGAAUUCCAAACAGUUGACCCAAGAGCCAAGUUCCAGUACCGCGUCCAUGAAGUGAAUCGAUCUUCCGAGAGCAGCAUCAAAGACAUUCGAGAGCUAACGAUUAAACUGAACAAUUCCGCACAGCUCGACGGACUUCCGAGCCUGGCGCUUCCACUCCACUACGCUAGCCAACUUUCGCGCCAUGUUGUCAACUACUACGACUUCAUUUCACGCAGGGAUAGCAACAAUGUCCCAUCGAUUGCUAGGGAAACAGCUUCAGGCCAACCAUAUGCGCCAAAGGAAAAGUCUGAGCCUGUGGGAGACACCAUGCGGAAUUUUGUAGAAAGCACGUUGCAAAAGGAUCAUGAAGGGAAUAAGAUCCGCGCAGAUGGUAAGGAGGCUACGCAUCCAUGGAAGUCGAAGUUGGACGACACCAUGUUUUACAUUUGA